CUUUGACUCUCCUACGACGGAGUGAUCUCUCCUUCUUUCAUAUGUCUACCCUUUGAUGGUACUGCAGACAAUCAAUUUUCCCCGCCAAGAAACGAUCUUCCGAUCUCACGAAUCUCAGCCGCCUCGACGUGUAUCUUCCUCUUCCCCCGAUAGCGCUUGGACAUCUUCCAUUCCGCCCCUCUUGAGGCCACACCUUCGGUCCUCUGUCUACCUGCUUAGUCUACUUAUUGACUAUCGACUAUAUCAUUCGCUGUAUCCAUUUCCGCCGGAUUCGAUCGCUACGUUCAGUGCAACGGCCGUCGGGCCUGAGGCGAUAAGCUAGACCCGACUCUAGCGCGAACAGAUGGCGUCUCCCACCUCCCCGUCCAUGGACGAAAUCCUGGACGAUAUCGAGCUCAACCAUGUCAUCCUGCAGAGUCUAGACGAGGAGCGUCCAGAUGCUGUCGAGGACCGACAAGAUAUCGUGAAUACCAUUCGGAAUCUUGAGGCUCGCCUGGCUGAGCUCCGCGGCGAACCCCGACCUUCAGGAAGCCGCCCCCCGUCCCCGCCGUUUCAUCAGUCCUCCGGGGACCCGGACUUGUCGCGAUCGCAACUGGAUGGAAGCGUUGACCAUGGUCAUCGAAUCGUCGUUAGUCCUCCGCACGGCCGGUCCGCCAUGUCACCGCCGCCGCGACCAGGGCCACCGGGCCAGGGAACCACGACCGUGUUACACUCGUUGGGCUCGUCGUCCGCCCACAAGCGCCCCCAUACCCCCGAGACCGAUGCGUCCGACGACACCGAUGACCUCGAACGACCCCCUCCCAAGCGAACGCUACUGAGCAGACCCUCCCCGCGACCGAAUUCCGGCGAUCUGCCGGACCCGAGCUUCUCGAGAGAGGCGUCCGCAGAGUCCCAGACCGAUGAUUCUCUAAUGCAGCUCCUGAACCUGAGCGGCAGCGAUCUACAGGCGCUGGAAGAGACGCAGAAAGAACUGGAACGGGAUAUUCAGAGGCGCAAGGAGCAAGAACGGCAGGACGAAGAACUCGCCCGCAAGUUUGAGCAAGGUUAUUGGGAGCCGCCAUCGUCAAGCCAGAGUACUCCCUCCCACUAUUCCGACUCGCCGCUACCCAGUUGGCCCCAGCAGACCAACCCCGUCAGUACGAUGGAUCGACAUCCAUAUCCCUACCGUCCCUACCCGAACCCGAGCCUACCGAACCCGCCACCCAGGCACGUGGAGCCGUCCGCCUUGCACUCAAUGGGCCCAUCGAACUCUCAGCGUCCGGCGCCCAUCUACCUGGCCGACAGUGACGAUAGUGAUAUUGCGGAGAUCACAGCGGGUGAUUUCCGGAGAAAUGCGCCCCCGCAGAUGGCUCGGAUGACCGACCGCCCGACCCUGCCGCCUCUCCCGGCCCAGCCCUCCCAUCCGCCGUAUAAUAAUACUUGGAUGAACAGCUUUCGGAACUUUUCCAGUCUUCCCAGUCUUCCCAAUCCCUACGCGUCGCUGGGCGGUCCGUCUAGGCCGGGUCCGGGGGAUAUGAGAGGCUCGACUCCCAUGUUUGGUCCCCACGUCUUGCACAGUACCAUGGCGAGGCUCAAUCAAGGGAAGCAGAUGCUCGAGGAUGCCGGCAGGUCCGCCAUGGCCGAUUUGAACAAAUUGUUCCCAAAUUCCAGAGUGGCCCCGUAUGACCUGUCCAGUGACUACGAGGUGCCAACCUAUUUCUGGGACAAGCUUGAGGAUGGCGUCGAUCCCAAAAAGGUCAACGAAGAGAUCAAGCAAUUGCUGGAGACCAUCCGACCGGAUUCGGAGAUUGACUUGAAGAACCGCGAAGGCACCCCCGAGGCGCUGAAGUUGAAUCUGCUGGAGCACCAGAAGCUGGGCCUGUCGUGGAUGAAAACCAUGGAGGAGAACGAGCAGAAAGGCGGGAUCCUAGCCGACGACAUGGGUCUUGGGAAGACGAUCCAGGCCAUCGCCCUCAUGGUGUCUCGGCCGUCGACCGACCCGGACCGGAAGCCGACCCUCAUCGUUGCGCCCGUCGCGCUGCUCCAUCAGUGGAAGCGUGAGAUUGAGAGAACUCUGCGGCCGGGGAAGCACCAGCUGAAAUCCUACGUCCUGCACGGGGAGCGGCGCACCAUGGCGUUCCGGGACCUGAAGCACUACGACGUGAUCCUGACCACCUUCGGGACCCUGUCUUCGGAGUUGAGGCGUCGGGAGAAAUACGACGAGCUCCACGCGUCGGGGACUACUGGUGAAGCCCAGGCUAAAGACAUGCUGAAGUCGAUGCCGUGCCUUGGUCCGAGCAGUAAGUGGCAUCGAAUUAUCAUCGACGAGGCGCAGUGCAUCAAGAAUCGGCACACCAAGGCUGCCCUUGCUUGCUGCAGGGUGAAUUCUACUCACCGCUGGUGCAUGACUGGGACUCCGAUGAUGAAUAAUGUCGAGGAACUGCACUCGUUGUUGAAAUUCUUACGCAUUCGCCCGUACAACAGUCUAGAAAGAUUUACAAAGGACUUCACCCGCCCCUUGAAGAGCGGCAGCAACGAUGCACGUGACAAGGCAAUGAGACAGCUGCAGGUGUUGCUCAAGGCAGUGCUCCUGCGGCGGACAAAGGAGUCCAAGAUCGACGGCAAGCCCAUCCUGCAACUGCCACCGCGGGUAUCCGAAAAGGUCCACGCCGUAUUCAGCGAAGACGAAUUAGAACUAUACCGAUCUCUCGAGACCAAAACCCAGCUACAGUUCAACAAAUACCUCGCGGCAGGCACCGUGGGCCGGAACUACUCCAACAUCCUCGUUCUACUCCUGCGCCUCCGACAGGCCUGCUGCCAUCCGCACCUGAUCAGCGACUUCAGCGUCCAGGUCAAUGCGAUUACCGACGAGGUGGACCUCAUCGCGAACGCCAAAGCAUUCGGCAGCGACGUGGUCAUUCGCCUGAAGGAUAACGACGACCUGGAGUGUCCAUGCUGUAUGGAUGCGGUCGACAACCCGCUCAUCUUCUUCCCCUGCGGCCACAGCACCUGUGCCGAAUGCUUCUCCCGCCUCUGCGACCCGGCGCGGGCAGUGAGCCAGGGGCACGACGGUUCGGUGGAAGCCAGGUGUCCCAACUGCCGCAGAAAUGUCGACCCCAAGAAGAACACCGACCACGUCUCAUUCCGCAAGGUCCACUACAACGAGGGACCUGAUGACCUGGAACAGCCGGAACCCGCUCAAGCAGCCGACGAAGAGCCCAGCGAUGACGACAGCGACGACGACGACGACGACGACGACAGCGGCGGCGGCCUAUCCCGCUUCAUCGUCGACGACGACGGCAAAGCCGGAAGCAGCACGGGCAAAACCAAAAGCAAGCGCAAAGGCAAAGCGCCCAUAAAAACGCAAAAGAAAACCAUCGCCGAGCUCAAAAAAGAAGCCUCAAAGAACCAAAAAUCCAAACGCAAGUACCUCCGCCGCCUCGAAAAAACCUGGGUCCCCAGCGCCAAAAUCGACAAGACCCUCGAAAUCCUCGAGUCCAUCCACGCUGGCGAAGCCGGCGAAAAAACCAUCAUCUUCAGCCAGUUCACCUCCCUGCUGGAUUUCCUCGAAGUGCCCAUCAUGCGGCGCGGGUGGGGCUACAAACGCUACGACGGCAGCAUGAAGCCGGCAGACCGCAACACCGCCGUGCUCGAGUUCACGGAUGACCCUAACUGCCGCGUGAUGCUGGUAUCCCUGAAAGCCGGCAACGCGGGGUUGAACCUCGUCGCCGCGUCUCAGGUUAUCAUCUUCGACCCGUUCUGGAACCCUUACAUCGAGGAGCAGGCUAUCGACCGCGCGCACCGCAUCGGCCAGCAGCGGAAGGUCCAGAUCCAUCGCAUUCUGGUCGAAAGUACCGUCGAAGAUCGCAUCCUGGAGCUGCAGGAUAAGAAGCGCGAGCUGAUUGAGGGCGCACUGGACGAGAACGCUUCGAAGAAUGUUUCGAGGCUGGGGACGCGUGAGCUUGCUUAUUUAUUUGGCGUUCACUAAUGACUUUAUCAUUCGCCUGCUUUCACCUUACUUACUUUCUUCUUUUCGUUGCCACGGCGUUCUCUCUCUUCUCUAUCGAAUCCCGGAAAAUGGUCUUUGCUGCAACCUUUCAAGAUACCCCAUCCAUGUCUCUCUUAUUCCCUAGUUACCAUACCCUGUUUAUACCAAUGGUGUACCCGUUUGUUUGUUUUUUCUCGUUGCUCUAGUCUACUUUCUCAUUCUAACCUGUUCAGGUGCAAUUUUUCAGAUUUUACUUUUUUUAAAGCGAAAUAGAAAUACAAGUGGGGGUAGAUUAUCAUGCAAUAAAAC